GGAGAGGAAGAAGAUGGGUAUGGCGAAGCGGGCGCUCCCUCGUCUGGUGGCCUCGCUGCGGCCGCUCAGCUCAACAGCUGGUACGCUUCCCAAGCACGUUAAAAUAGUUGAGGUUGGUCCAAGGGAUGGCCUGCAGAAUGAAAAGAACCUUGUCCCCACUCAAGUGAAAAUAGACUUCAUUGAUAUGCUGUCAGAAACUGGUCUUUCAGUCAUAGAAGCUACCAGUUUUGUGUCUCCUAAAUGGGUCCCUCAGAUGGCGGACCACGCUGAAGUCAUGCAAGGGAUUCGCAAGGUUUCAGGCAUCAACUACCCUGUUCUGACCCCCAAUCUCAAAGGCUUUCAAGCAGCGGUGGCAGCGGGAGCCAAAGAGGUGUCCAUAUUUGGAGCAGCCUCAGAGCUCUUCACAAAGAAGAACAUCAACUGCUCCAUCGACGAAAGCCUGCAGAGAUUUAGUGACGUGCUGCGUGCAGCGAAAGAAGACAGCAUCCCAGUCCGAGGAUACGUCUCCUGCGUCCUUGGCUGUCCUUAUGAAGGAAAGAUUGCUCCCACGAAAGUAGCAGAAGUAGCAAAGAAAAUGUAUGCCAUGGGGUGCUAUGAGAUUUCCCUGGGUGACACCAUUGGAGUUGGGACACCUGGUAACAUGAAAGAGAUGCUUUCUGCGGUCAUGAAAGAGGUGCCCAUUGGGGCUCUUGGAGUACAUUGCCAUGAUACCUACGGACAGGCCCUUGCCAACACACUGGUGGCGCUCCAGAUGGGUGUGAGCGUGGUUGAUUCCUCAGUGGCCGGACUUGGGGGCUGCCCCUAUGCACAAGGAGCAUCCGGGAAUGUGGCCACUGAAGACAUGGUGUACAUGCUUCACGGCCUGGGCAUCCAUACAGGCGUGGACCUGUCAAAGCUCCUUGAAGCCGGCUCCUUCAUCUGCAAAGCAUUGAACAGGAGGACCAACUCAAAAGUGGCUCAGGCGUCUUGCAAACUGUGAAAUGGGCUGUGCCUUCACCAGACUUGCUAGUAGCAAGAGGGCAGCGCUGGCCUGGCAUCCGCCCCGUAGGCCGGCUCCCCUCGUUUUAUUGAAGCACUCUUCGCCAGCCUUGGGACUUAGGUGGGCAGGGCGGUCAAGGUUUGCAGUGAAAUUGGUCUGGGAAGCUGUAUGCCCUUGAAGUGUGCCGGAUCCCAAGGGCCUCUUUGAAGAGGACUCUGGUUGCUGCUGGCUUCCAAGGAGAGCAGGCCUCUUGCUGGAGAAGCAGUCUUUGGUUCUGGCUGUUUCACAUGUCCCUUCGGAGCCAACUUUGCAGUUUGGGGUAAUGCUGCAUGGAAGAAAACCUCCUCUUGGGAUGGAUUGCAAGUCAAGCUGGUAGUCUUCUCAGCCUUGAAAGGUCGUUGCACCCAGCCCUUCUGCAGAGCAUUUCAGCACACACUGACUGAACCGUCAAAUCCAGGCGGCGGCAGCAGCAAAUUAAUCAGUGAAGUCAAAUCCAGGUGCCCCAGGGAACUAAUUCAGGCGGCGGUGGCAGCAAGCUCAUCAGUGGGGCAGAAAUCAGUGGCGCAAAAUCAGUUGAUUGUUAAAUUGUGCCACUUGCAAGUUGAUGUGGGGCUACUGAGUCACUAAAAGGGCUGUCCUGCAAAACACCUGUCUUGAUCCCUUUCUUGCUGCCUGGCCUUUUGUGAAGGUUGGUGUCAUGAGGAGAGGGGCUGGCAGAUUUGUCUAGCAGAUCAGCAGUUUCCAGGGAGAAUAUUCCAGCCACUUCCACACUUGUGGUACAAAUACACGUUUGUUUUGAAGAGCCUCAUUGGGCAAGAAAUGAUUCAACGCAGCAUGCAACCUUACGCCUUUUCCGGACUGAAUUACUCCUGUAAACUUACUCAUUGGCAGCCAGUUGAAUGGAAAAGAAAUGUUUCUUCUUUCUUGUUCUUUUUUUUUUUAAA